CGCCAAGUCCUGUAAGGAUAUCGUGGGCUCAGGGGAUGCAGGAUUGGACGGCAAGUACUGGGUACGACCAGAUGACGUCAGACCUCCCGCUCACGUGACUUGCGAUAUGACUACAAAUGGAGGCGGAUGGCUUUUAAUUUCUAGCAUCGAGAAGAUAGACUUCCAUGACAUUCAGCACGUGUGUGCAAGGACUACAAUGGGGCUGUGGUGGAUUGGGGACGGAUUUAGGAUGGAAGAGGCUAUAUCGGAAUGCGAUACGGGGCAGUCUGGGCACCAUAAUUGGAACAUUUUCCCUCCCAGGUUCUUCCAGUGUGAUGACAAUUCUAAUGAUGUAAGCGCCGGUGACUUUUGGCGGAUUUAUGUGCGCUAGGAACAGUAACUGAGGAGGACACAGCACGGCAUGAGGAUUACAA